AUUCGCUUCGAUCCCCAGAGGCACAGACGAGACGACAGAGAUGAAGGACGGAACGUCGUCGGGGGGAGGGGCGUUCGCUGCGGGCAGCGAUCCAAGGCAGCCGUCGACGGCGAAGCCAUACGCGCCGCCGAAGCUGUCGCCCCAGGACCUACCCAUCGACUAUGCAGGCUUCCUCGCCGUCGCCUUCGGCGUCCUCGGCGUCAUGCUCCGCUACAAGGUGUGCUCGUGGAUCGCAAUCAUCUUCUGCGCUCAGUCGUUGGCAAACAUGAAGAACUUUGAGAACGAUCUGAAGCAGCUUUCUAUGGCCUUCAUGUUUGCUGUUAUGGGUCUGGUGACGAACUAUUUUGGCCCCGCUCGUCCAGGCAGUACAAAGCGCUAAACUGCGGAAGAACAUGUGCUACAUUCUUCAUAGGACUUUUUGGUGCUUCCGAUAGCUUUGCCAUCGGUGCUGACAUUAUGUAUGUCCAAUUUGAGCAAACGUCAUAGGUAUGGGCAUCAAAUUAAUGGACCGGUACAUGUAUGAUGCUCAAUAAUUUAUUUGUGCAAUACUAGUAAACGCAUAGACUGUUUGAACGAGUACUUGGUUUCUCCGGAUAUGUUGAUCAAUGUUUUCUGGACUUGAUGCUUCGGUCUUA